CAUUCGUUUUUCGUCGGCUUUUUACGUGUUCACAGUCGUUUGUUGUGGUGUAGUUUUUGUAAAUGAUUUGAUGGUAAACCGCUAAACAUUACCAUGGAUGAACUAGAGAAACUCGAGCAUCUAUCCCUGGUUUCAAAGGUUUGUACGGAAUUAGAAAACCAUUUGGGGCUCAAUGAUAAGGAUCUAGCCGAAUUCAUUAUCGCCUUGGCCGAAAAACAUAAAACGUUUGAUGAAUUCAAAGCUGUGAUGAUUGAGAAUGGUGCAGAAUUCUCCGAUUCACUUAUUGCAAAUCUCCUUCGGCUCAUCAAGCACAUGAAAUCAGCAAAUUCCAAAACAACUGAUGUGAAUUUAGCUGAAGUAAAAAAAACAGUCUUUAGUGCAGAGGUGGAGAAAAAACGUGGACUUUUUCCAGGUCUCGCCCUGGCAGAUAAUCCUAAAGCAAGAACCAUGCUGGAAGAAGAUAUUAAACCAACCAUAAAAGAUGUUGAAGAAGCAGAUGAUUUAAUGGCUGAACUGGAAGCUAUGGCUCCAAAGGAAGAAAAGGUUUCUUCUGAGACACUCAAGCCAAGCCAUGACAUCGGAAGAAGGUCUCUCAGCAGAGACAGAAAAGAAAGAAGUAAGCGCUCUAGGAGCAAAGAUCGCAGCAGGAAAUCAAGAAGUAGGGAUCGUAGCAGAAGAUCUAAAAGCAGAGAUCACAGCAGAAGAUCCAGAAGCAGAGAUCGAAGCAGGAGAUCUAGAAGCAGGGACCGUAGCAGAAGGUCUAGAAGUAGAAAUCGAAGCCACAGAUCCAGGAGCAAAGAUGGAGGAGACAGGCACAGGCGAAGCGAUCGUUUUGAGGAUAAAAGAGGCAAAGAUGACCGAAGAGAAAAGAAACCUCAAAAAGAUUUCCCGGAGAACGCAGAAGUGGGAAAAGUCUACACAGGAAAAGUCAUGAAUCUUGCAGCGUUUGGAUGCUUUGUGCAGCUGGAAGGAAUCAGGAAAAAAUGUGAAGGUCUUGUGCAUAUCUCCCAGUUACGGCGAGAGGGUCGUGUAAAUAGUGUGGCGGAAGUUGUCAAUCGAGGAGAUAAAGUUUAUGUCAAAGUUAUGAGCAUUGCUGGCCAAAAAAUUUCUCUUUCAAUGAAAGAUGUGGACCAAGAUUCGGGUGAAGAUUUGAACCCAGCCCCUUCGACAUCAAGCCGUCCUGGGCUGACAAGCCACGAAAGUGAAACAGCUCUGAGAAAUCCAGAUCGGCCUUUAUCUUUAUUGGAUUUGAAAACUAACGUGGAGGAGGAUGAGUUGACGAAUCGUAAGCGUGUGCAGCGGAUCUCGUCGCCCGAGCGAUGGGAACUGAAACAAAUGAUGGCGGCCAAUUGUAUUGACAAGAUGGAUUUGCCCGAAUUCGACGAGGAGACGGGUCUACUACCCAAACUGGCCGAGGAUGAGGAGGAUAUCGAAAUCGAGUUAGUGGAAGAAGAAGCACCCUUCCUACGUGGUCACGGUCGAGUGCUUAACGAGCUUAGUCCAGUUCGGAUUGUCAAGAAUCCGGACGGCUCUUUGGCACAAGCCGCUAUGAUGCAAGGCGCCCUCAGCAAAGAGCGUCGCGAACAGAAGAUGCUACUUAGGGAAGAGCAAGAGGCAGCAGACGCACCAGCUCAGGGCGCCAAUAAGAGCUGGAUCGAUCCCAUGCCCGAUGCCGGAUCUCAGCCUUCGACAUCGUUGGGUCGCGGAACGGGUGCCCCCACGUAUGAUAUGCCCGAGUGGAAGAAACAUAUCACAGGUGGUCCGAAAGGAGCAUCGUUCGGCAAGAAAACAAGCCUUUCAAUUGUGGAGCAACGCCAGUCGCUACCUAUCUACAAACUGAGAGACGAGCUAAUCAAAGCCGUCAGUGACAACCAAAUUCUGAUUGUUAUCGGAGAGACGGGGUCUGGCAAAACUACCCAAAUCACUCAGUAUCUAUCCGAAUCUGGUUUCACUGCCCGUGGAAAGAUCGGCUGUACGCAACCACGUCGUGUGGCCGCCAUGUCUGUCGCCAAAAGAGUAGCUGAAGAGUUUGGUUGCCGCCUGGGGCAGGAAGUCGGAUACACUAUCCGUUUCGAAGAUUGCACCAGCCCCGAGACAUUAAUUAAGUACAUGACGGACGGUAUGUUGCUGCGUGAAUGCUUGAUCGAUCCCGAUCUUCAGACCUAUUCGUGCAUUAUGUUGGAUGAAGCCCACGAGCGCACCAUUCACACCGACGUCCUCUUUGGUCUACUGAAACAAGCCGUACAAAAGAGAGCCGAACUGAAACUAAUUGUCACUUCAGCCACAUUGGAUGCCGUCAAAUUUUCUCAGUACUUUUUCGAGGCGCCCAUCUUCACUAUUCCCGGUCGAACCUUUCCGGUCGAGAUCCUGUAUACUCGAGAACCCGAGACUGAUUACUUGGACGCAUCACUCAUUACUGUCAUGCAGAUUCACCUUAAUGAGCCACCAGGCGAUAUUCUGCUUUUCUUGACGGGUCAAGAAGAGAUCGACACUGCUUGCGAGAUUCUCUACGAGCGCAUGAAGUCCAUGGGUCCUGACGUACCGGAGCUCAUUAUUCUUCCAGUCUAUUCAGCCCUCCCGUCCGAAAUGCAAACUCGAAUUUUCGAGCCCGCUCCACCCGGUUCAAGAAAAGUCGUCAUCGCCACCAACAUUGCCGAGACCAGCCUUACUAUCGACGGCAUCUACUACGUCGUCGAUCCAGGUUUCGUCAAGCAAAAGGUCUACAAUUCCAAGACGGGCAUGGACUCUUUGGUAGUGACACCCAUCUCACAAGCGCAAGCCAAACAGCGAGCUGGACGAGCCGGACGUACUGGGCCUGGAAAGACCUACCGCUUGUAUACAGAGAGAGCUUACCGUGAUGAAAUGCUCGCCACCCCUGUUCCUGAAAUUCAGCGUACUAAUCUUGCCUCCACCGUCUUGCAACUCAAAGCCAUGGGCAUCAACGACCUGCUCAAUUUCGAUUUCAUGGACGCUCCCCCGGUAGAAUCGCUAAUCAUGGCUCUUGAACAGCUCCAUUCUCUCUCUGCCUUGGAUGACGAAGGAUUACUCACCCGUCUGGGUCGACGUAUGGCUGAGUUUCCUCUCGAACCUUCACUUUCCAAGAUGCUCAUCAUGUCUGUUCACCUGAUGUGUUCUGAUGAAAUUUUGACAGUGGUGUCAAUGUUGUCAGUUCAGAAUGUUUUCUACCGACCCAAAGAUAAGCAGCAAUUAGCAGACCAGAAAAAAGCCAAGUUCAAUCAAGCUGAAGGAGAUCACAUCACCUUACUGGCUGUGUACAAUUCUUGGAAAAAUAAUAAGUUCAGCAGUGCUUGGUGUUACGAGAAUUUCGUGCAGAUGCGUACCCUUAAACGAGCGCAGGAUGUACGUAAACAGCUUUUGGGUAUCAUGGAUCGGCACAAAUUGGAUGUAGUAUCUGCAGGCAAAAAUACGGCUAGAGUUCAAAAAGCCAUAUGUUCCGGCUUCUUCCGUAACGCAGCAAAGAAAGACCCACAGGAAGGCUAUCGGACGCUGGUGGACGGCCAAGUAGUCUACAUUCACCCGAGCAGCGCAAUCUUUAACCGACAACCCGAGUGGGUCGUCUACCACGAGUUGGUUCAGACUACGAAAGAGUACAUGCGCGAAGUGACCGUCAUCGAUGCCAAAUGGUUGGUGGAAUUUGCGCCGGCCUUUUUCAAAUUCUCCGACCCGACCAAGCUCAGCAAAGUCAAGAGGAAUCAACGUCUCGAGCCGCUCUACAACAAAUACGAAGAGCCCAAUUCUUGGCGUAUUUCCAGGCAGCGGCGUCUUCGACGAAACUAACAUUUUUAACAAUUUACAAAUGUCGACUGUCAUUCGGGGGGAAUUAUUCCUCGUUUUGUAUGCAUUACGAUUCGUUCCAUACACAACUGAUUUAAUGAUAAA